AGGUCAUCGUUCCCAUCGCUAUUCGGUAGCCAUUUUACAGCCUAUCCCCGACCCCCUAAAUAUGUCUCACACGGCGCAUAAAAGGUCGUAAGUCCCAGCCGUCCCAGCCCGGCGAGUAACUAGGUAUAGCGAUUGCGCGGAUCCCGUGGUAUGGUUGGUCGCGUCCGCGUCGGUGUCGGUGCCGGUGAAGGUGUAAGCAAAGCAGAGUGUUAGUUGAGUGCCAGGAGCCGGAAAAAACAGCGUCGUAGGUACGAGCCACGGAUACCGUGCUGUCGAUGACUCGUGACUUAAAUCAAUUUCCAUCCAGUGAAGCGAAGUGCCACACGAUAUUGACUCGCAUCACGAUUCGCGACGAGUUUCACCAACUUGCUCGCGUUACAUAAAUCUCAAUUAAAUUUCACGAGAAGCUUCCCAACCGGUGGAAAACGCCCGAGCUGGCUAUAGCUAGUCUGAAACGUGCCGUAAGCAACUUCCGGUCCGACGGACACUGUCAGAUACGGUACUUACUACUUACAUAUUGGGCUUGAUAACCUUGUUUUGGUGUAGAUGUCGAGUAGACGUAAAAACGAGGAUAAAAUGCAGUCCAGAGGGCAAAUAUUCAACGCGAUUCAUCGAUUUAUCGAAUUAGUGGCCAGAGGAAUAUUUCUGUUCAUCGCAUUCUUAAAAGGUCCUGCGGAAUCUCAACCACCCAUAAAAAACUUGAUAUUAUUACACAGUGCCACUACUUUAGCAUUAAAAAUUCGAAAUAAACAGUUAACGUCGAAAGAAGUAGUUCAAUCAUACAUUGAUAGGAUUAUGGAAAUUCAACCAGUAUUAAAUUGUAUCGUGGAAGAUCGCUUUGAGGAAGCUCUUAAGGAAGCGGAAAAAUACGACGAGCUUUUGAAGUCUCCGAAUGCCCCAUCCGUCGAAGUAUUAGCAAAGGAGAAACCCUUCUUCGGCGUGCCUUUUACGACAAAGGAUUGCAUUGGGAUUACAAACAUGAGACAAACAGCUGGUUUAGUUGUUCGUAAGAACACUGUCGCCGAAUCUGACGCAGAAGUGAUCAAGCUAAUGAGAGCUGCGGGAGCCAUACCUCUGGCAACGACGAACGUUUCGGAGUUAGCCAUGUGGUGGGAAACGUCUAACUGUUUAUAUGGAACCACGAAGAAUCCAUACAACACUAGGCACAUUGUUGGAGGAUCAUCCGGUGGCGAAGGCUGCAUACAAGCGGCAGCUGGCUCGCCGUUAGGCAUAGGCUCGGACAUUGGCGGCUCUAUCCGUAUGCCAUGCUUUUUCAAUGGAAUUUUCGGGCACAAACCUUCGACGGGAACAGUCUCGAACGAUGGCCAAUACCCGAGUGCGCAAAGCGACGAUCAAGAUCGGUUGCUCGCUAUCGGACCCAUGUGCAGAUACGCGCAAGACCUUUUACCUACUAUGAAAGUUAUCGCAAAGAAGGAUAAGUUAGAUGUAUUGCGCCUGGACGAACCUAUAGAUAUCACGAAACUCAAGUUCUAUUAUAUGGAAGAUGACGGCGGUCAAUUCUUAACCUCCCCGGUGGAGCCGGAGAUAAAAGAGUCCAUGAUGAAGGUGGUUAGUUUUCUGGAGAAAGCACAUAAAAUCAAAGCGACCAAACUGAACAUUAAAAAAUUGAAAAAGAGUAUCACGCUUUGGAUGGCGAACAUGAGCUGCAAAGAUGAAAAAGAUUUCGCGUAUGAAUUGUCGAAUAGAGAGGGUCACAUAACUCUAUGGUGGGAGUUCGUGAAAUGGAUGCUGUUUAUGAGCAAUCAUACAUUGAUAGCCCUUUUUACUGCCACUUUCGAAAGAUUCACGGUAAAACAUGGAAGCGAGGAGUACUCGAGACUGAUCCAAGAAAGUAGAGAUCUUUAUCGGGAAUUUCAGGAUAUUUUGGGUGAGGACGGUGUAUUCCUUUAUCCGACGCACCCUACCGCUGCGCCCUUGCAUCACGAACCGUUGAUCAAACCAUUCAACUUUUCGUACACUGGCAUUAUUAAUGUCUUGGGAUUGCCUUCUACUGCUUGCCCCUUGGGCUUGAACAAGGAAGGAGUUCCCAUCGGUUUACAAGUUGUGGGUGGCCUACAUCAAGAUCGUGUAACAAUAGCUGUUGCCGAGGAGCUGGAGCGAGGUUUUGGGGGCUGGGUGCCUCCGACGACCGUAGCUUGAUGGAUCUGUCUGUGCGUGAUGAAACGAUGAAUCAACUCAUUUUUUAUCAUACCCUGCCAUCGUUAUUUUUUUAGAAAUAAUUACUCGAUUAACCAUGCGAUCCAUAGUAGAAAAUUAUAAGAUAAAGUACAAACUCGUAUUCAAGAAGCAGAUAAACGCGUUUCAAGAGAUGUACCGAAAGUGAAUUAAUAAUUCGAAUUCUUACGGAAUAUGCAAUUUUUCCGUACCGGUUUAAAUAAUUGAUUCAGAACUUUUUGCCGAAUAUACGGGAAUCGUGCACUGAUACUAAAAUGAGCGUAAUAAUAUAUACAUAUAUAUACGUAUAUAUUAUACAUAUAUUUAUAUUUAUAAAUUGGUAUUAAAAGAGCCCCUUUUUCUUUGAGGAGAAUCAUGUUCAAGGAAGUAAUGAUGUUUGUACAUAAGUAAACUACUACAUUGUAUUUGACUAACAUUUUUAUAUACCUCAUCAUAGAUCUCUGUGUAGGAUUUUCUAUUUUCAUACGAAUCGAGAAAGAGAGAGGGGAAGUAUGCGUGAAUGAAAGGGAGAGAGCGAAAGAGAUUUAUAUGAUAGCAGGGGUGCUUUCGGUAAUGUGAUAAAAUAUUAAUGAUUUUAUGUUUGUAAUGUGUAUUGAUGUUAAAGUCGUAUACAUAUAUAUAUUUUAUGUAACAAAUAAAUUUUUAUUCCAGUA